AAUGGAACCUCAGUAAAAUUCAUCACUUGUCAUGCACCCAACUGGGAACAUGGAUGUUGGUUUUUCUCGUUCUGCUGCUCGUACACUGUCAAGAAGCCACUGCAAAAACAUCAAACAAAAAAUUUCUCAGUGGGAAGGAAGAACUAAUGGUAAAUCUAAUCCAGAUAAGUGCGAUCCAAAGGACUUUGGAGUGAGAUAUAAUAACUGUAAUCAAGAGAUUCUUCUUAAGAGAAAUCCUGUUGCUGAGGGAAAGAGCAAAAAGCUGGAUGUCACCAACUCUCAAAAUGUUGAUCAAGGUAUUAAUGAAGAUGCCAAAAGCCACAAUCAAAGUGAGGAUGAAAGUGAGAAACGUGAAUAUGAUGAUACACACUUCUUUAAAAAUGAAUCAGAAUCCAACUGGGUAUGUUCUCGGGCCAAACAAAUCGAAAGCCGGAAAGAAGUUUUGGAUCCAGAGACUUCAUUACCUCCAGGAAAUUUCUAUACCUCACAGAUAUUGUGGAAGAAAAUAGAAGCACUUCCCCCAGAUAAAGUCUUAAAUUUAGCUUUAGAACAUUGUGACUCUUCAGAAAAAGAACUGAAUUUCAGAGGUCUGGAUAGUUCAUAUGGAGUAACAAAGAGCUUAGAAAGCAUUUACUCUGAACCUGAGGGACAAGAAUGUGGACCUUCUAUAAAUCCUUUGCCAAAACCUCGUAGGACAUUCAGAUAUUUAUCUGAAUCUGGUGUUAUGCCAUGUAAAGAAAGAAACUGUGACAGAAAAUACUGUGAAAAUAAUUCUUGUACAGAGUCCUCUUUAGCCUCUUCUCAGGAACCUGAACCAAAGAAAUAUGGCAGAAAAAUCAGAGGGAGAUCUAAAAGGAAAUCCUUUGAAUUUGAGGACAUUCAGCACUUUCGAAAUCAGAACUCCCGGAAGAUUCAUGAAGAACUUAGAAGAAAUUCUGGCUCAGCACUUUAUUACACACAGUCUGAGGACAAUAUCUAUGAGGAUAUCAUAUAUCCCACCAAAGAAAAUCCAUAUGAAGAUAUUCCAGUGCAGCCUUUGCCCAUGUGGAGAUCGCCUUCAACAUGGAAGCUACCACCCCCUAAAAGUGCUUUCAAGGCACCCAAGCUUCCUUCCAAACCUCAGUUCCUUCACCGGAAGACUAUGGAACUGAAGAGCUCACAAGUUUAUUUACGGUCAAAGCUCACAAAGGAUACCACGUUGCCUGUCACUUUAACUGAAUGGAAGCUUUUCCGAGCUGGAGAAGUUGCAAACAGGAAAAGGAAAAAUCUUCCAAGGCUUGUAUUGAAAAUAGAUGAUAUAUUUGAAUCUAAGAGAGGGAAGAAGAGGGUAAAGUUACACCUUUACACUGGAAAAGAUGUACCUCCCUUUAAAGGUGAAACCAGUGGGUACGAAAGUGAUGCCGAAUAUCUGCCAAAGAGUCGCUACAAGCGCAUAGCACAACUGCAGCAAUCUUCCAAGAGGAAUCCUCACUACCAGACCUUAGAGCGGGAUCUAAUUGAAUUCCAGGAGCAGCAGCUAUUUGAACUUUUUGUGGUGGUGUCUCUACAGAAGAAGCCAUCAGAAAUAAGCUACAUUCCCCAGGUCAUACAACAAUUCCCUAGCACGGGUGAUCAUGGCAUUAAGCAAUCCAGAGACACUGAAGAGAGGCUCAAAGUUAUCCCCAAAUUUUGUUUUCCUGAUUCAAAGGACUGGGUGCCGACCUCAGAACUCAAGAGUGAAACGUUCUCCUUUGUCUUAACUGGUGAAGAUGGGAGCCGGUGGUUUGGUUACUGUAAGAAGCUCUUGCCAGAAGGCAAAGGAAAGCGACUCCCUGAGGUAUACUGCAUGGUCAGUCGCCUAGGCUGCUUCAACCUUUUUUCAAAGAUUCUGGAUGAAGUAGAGAAGAGAAGAGAAAUGUCUCCAGCUUUGGUUUACCCAUUUAUGCGAAGUGUCAUGGAAGCUCCUUUCCCAGCUCCUGGAUGCACCAUCACAGUAAAGAGCUACCUCCCUGGGGCUGGAGAUGAGUCAAUUGAACUGUGCCGACCACUGGACUCACGAUUGGAACAUGUUGAUUUUGAAUGUCUCUUUAAGUGCCUGAGUGUGUGCCAUCUCAUUCGGGUCUGUGCCUCUCUCCUUUUGGAGCGGAGGAUAAUCUUUGUUGCCAACAGCCUAAGCACCCUGUCAAAAUGUGGCCAUGCUGUGGUUGCCACACUGUAUCCAUUCACCUGGCAGCAUACCUACAUCCCAGUCCUGCCAGCAUCUAUGAUCGACAUUGUGUGCUCACCUACUCCAUUCCUUAUUGGAAUCCUGUCUUGCUCCUUACCACAGCUCCAGGACCUACCCAUUGAAGAGGUGCUGAUAGUUGAUCUCUGUGCAGACAAGUUCUUACAGGAGGUAUCUGAUGAAGAUGAAAUUCUACCACCUAAACUCCAAGCUGCCCUGAUACAAAUUUUGGAAGAACGAAAUGAAAUUUUGGCUCAGGAGCAGAAGUUUUUACAAGAAGAUGUGACACUCAACUCUCUGGUGUCCGAAGCAUUUGUCAGGUUUUUUGUUGAACUGGUGGGACAUUAUUCUUUGAGCAUGACUGUCACUGAGCAUGGGGAGCGUGUAUUCCAAAGGGAGCCAUUCCGUAAAUCCCACACCUCCCGAAGUGUACGCCACUUCCUGGAUCUCUUCAUGGAAACUCAGAUGUUUGCAGGAUUCAUCCAGGACCGAGAGCUUCGGAAAAGUGGGGUGAAAGGUUUGUUUGAGGUCCGGGCCCUCCAGUAUUUGGAAACAAUUCCUGAGUCUGAGCCCAGUGGAGUGAAUAGAAUUUUGCGGAGUCUUGGAAGUAAAAUGAAAUUUCUGCAGAAGAAAUGAAAUCUUUGAUUGACAGCCUCCAUCCUAAAUAGAACAGAAAGUGACAAAGAAACUAUUUUUCCAAGAGUCAAGAUGCCCUGAAGUAUUCUACAAAAUCUUGAAAGUUGAAAGAUUACAGAGCGGGCCAGGUUCUCGGAGGAGGAUUCUCCUGUUGCUGCUGUAGUAAUCACUGGAGAAUUGUUGGGAGUAGUCUGGAACCAAUGCUCCCUUUACUCUGCCUCC